AUGGCAAGGGAAAUUGAAAAACCGUCGCGCUCCUACGCACCCAGCCACACACCGAUAUUUACAUUUAAGCAUUUUCCUAUAAUUUCUCAUGAAUUCGUGGUUUUCUUGGCAGCACUGAAAGUUCAUGAGCUCUCUCAGAAAGCAAAACGAGGAGUUUCGGAUCAUUUUAUCUAUGAUUGGAAUUCGUUAGCGAACAGAAGUAAAGACAGUGCUGAAUUUUUUAUUUUUAUAUGGAUACGCCAAAGCCACUGCAUUUUGGUUGGUACUAAUGGCUGGUUUGGAGGUGGCUGUUUUUCGUUUGUGCUUGGGGUACAUUGUUUGGUACCCGCUGUGUUUGCUGCUGUCUCCACCGGUGUACUAUCAUUGUUACAUCCGGGAACACUCUUAAUCGUCUCCUGGCUGAAGGCGAGGAGGGUGUCUGCGUCGGACCCCGAUACCAGUCCUAGAGGACUAUAUUUUUUUAGUUGUAUUUUGUACAUCACUUUAACAAAAAAAAAAUAAAUG